AAGGGGUAACGACGCUCGUCGCGGCCGAGUCGUCCGAUGGGCGCACGGCAGGACACCAUGGCCAAUUCGGAAGAGGAAGGAGACCCUUCUCCGCCGGCGAAGAGACAAAGGACCGACGACAGCGACGCGUCUGAAAGGGCGGGACAAGCGGCUCAAUCUGGCUCGUCGGAACAGAAACCGCCCGACAUCGAUGAGAGCCUUUACUCUAGACAGCUCUACGUGCUGGGGCACGAUGCCAUGAUCCGCAUGGCCCAAUCAGACGUGCUCAUUUCGGGAAUGGGCGGCCUGGGCGUGGAGAUUGCCAAGAACAUCAUCCUGGGUGGCGUCAGGUCCGUCACCAUUCAUGACGAGGCCUUGUGCACCAUGGCGGACCUCUCUUCUCAGUACUACCUAAGUGAACAAACGGUGGGCCACAACCGGGCAGACGCUUGCCAAGUUUUACUGGGGCGGCUGAACCAGUACGUGCAGGUGAAACUCCACACGAAACCACUAACCGAGAAGUUCCUGAAGCAGUUCACGGUGGUGGUGCUGACAGAGACCCCACUGGAAACGCAGCAGUCCAUCGCGGCCUUCACCCAUGAGAACAACAUCCCUCUCAUCGUCGCCGAUACCAGAGGCCUUGCUGGGCAGAUAUUUUGCGACUUCGGCGACAAGUUCCGCGUACGUGAUACCAACGGAGAGCAGCCGCGGUCAGUUAUGAUUCAAUCCAUCAGCAAGGAUAAGGAAGGAGAGGUCAAGACUCUGGGCAGAGUACGGCAUGAUUUCGAAGACGGUGAUUACGUCACGUUUUCUGAGGUCAGGGGCACGCCGGAGAUCAAUAACUGUCCGCCCAUGGAGGUAAAGGUGUCAUGUGAACAUACGUUCUCCGUGAAACUUGCGACGAAGUUCGGGGAAUACGCUAUAGGAGGCGUUGCAACCGAGGUUAAGAUGCCGAAGGAUAUCAAGUUUAAACCCUUGAAGGAAUCCCUGGUGAACCCAGAUUUUGUCGCAUCUGCCUCGGCGACCGCACAUCAUCCUGCGCAGCUGCAUUUGGGGUUUCAGGCUCUACACGCCUUUCAGAAGUUGCAUUCGCGACUCCCGCGUCCUUGGAACAAGGACGACGCAGCGGUGGUAGUCGAGCUCGCGAAGGAGAAGAAUGCAUUGCAGGCCACCCCAUUGGACGAGGUGGACGAGAAGCUUCUCACGACGCUCUCUUGCGUGUCAGCAGGUUCCCUGUGUCCCGUGCAAGCUGUCAUCGGCAGCAUUGCUGCACAGGAAGUCAUGAAGGCGUGCAGUGGCAAGUUCACUCCGAUCCAGCAGUGGUUUUACUUCGACGCUUUCGAGUGCCUCCCACAGACGGGCGAAGUUCCGGAGGCGGAUGCCAUUGCCAUGGAGCAGACGCGGUACGCCGCGCAGGCUCGUGUGCUCGGUACUCGAGUUCAAAGCCUGCUGAUGGCCCAGAACUAUUUCGUGGUCGGCGCCGGGGCCAUUGGCUGCGAGCUACUCAAGAACUUCGCCAUGAUGGGUGUUGGGGUGGCCAAAGGCUGCAUUCACAUCGCGGACAUGGACGUCAUCGAGAGGUCCAAUCUCAACAGGCAGUUCCUAUUUCGGUCCGAGGACAUCGGUCGCAUGAAGUCAGCCACCGCCGCGGAAGCUGUCGUCCAAAUGAAUCCAGAACUCAACAUCACGGUUCACGUGGACAGGGUCGGCCCAGAAAUGGAGAGCGUCUACAAUGACGACUUCUUCGAAUCCCUGGACGGCGUGGCCAACGCACUUGACAACCUGGACGGGCGCCUGUACAUGGACCAGCGGUGCGUGUGGCACUGCAAACCGUUGCUCGAGUCGGGCACCAUGGGCACAAAGGGCAACGUUCAGGUGGUGGUCCCGCACCUGACCGAGUCCUACUCGUGCUCCCAGGACCCGCCCGAGACGUCCGUGCCCGUGUGCACCAUCAAGAACUUUCCCAACGCAAUCGAGCACACGCUUCAGUGGGCACGUGAUGAGUUCGAAGGACUCUUCAGGAUGAGUGCUGUGAAUGCCGUCGAGUAUUUGAGAGAUCCCAAUUUUCUGCCCGAGGAGCUGCGGACGUCGCAACUCAGCCAAAAGGUCGUCUUGCUGGAAGAACUCAAGUGCAUUCUGGUGGACGAGCGGCCGAGGGUUUUCGACGAAUGCGUUGAUUUCGCGAGGCUGCGCUUUCAAGAGCAGUACAACACCCGAAUCAAACAGCUGCUCCAAGCCUAUCCCGAGGAAAAGCUCACCCCUUCGGGAAUGCCGUUCUGGUCUGGCCGCAAGCGCUGCCCCCAUCCGAUUGAGUUUGACCCUAACAACACGCUGCACAUGGACUACAUCGUAGCUGCGGCCAAUCUGCGGGCAACCAUGUUCGGUAUUCCCCACAACACGGACCGCGACGCGAUUGCCCAGAUUCUCGAAGAAGUCGACGUUCCGGCCUACGAUCCUCAAAAAAACACUCAAGUAGCCGCCAACUCGAACGAGCCCGUGGUCGCGCCACCUGACGACAAUGAGCUCCUGGACAAGCUGCUGGAAGAGCUCCCCGAUCCAGAGGAUCUCGAUGACCUCACCCUAACGGCGCUCGAGUUCGAGAAGGACGACGACGCCAACUUCCACAUGGACUUCAUCGUGGCGGCCUCGAACCUGCGCGCCGCAAACUACGACAUUCAGCCGGCCGACCGACUCAAGAGCAAGCUCAUCGCGGGCAAGAUCACCCCGGCCAUCGCCACCACCACGUCGCUCGUCGCGGGCCUCGCCUGUCUCGAACUUUACAAGCUGGUUCAAGGUCACGACAGACUGGAGCUGUACAAGAACAGUUUCGUCAACUUGGCACUGCCCUUCGUCGGUUUCUCAGAACCCAUUCCAGCUGCUAAGAAAAAGUUUCGCAAUCGUGAGUUCACCUUCUGGGACUGCCUCGAAAUUCAGGGGGAGUUGACUCUUGUGGAGUUUCUUGAUCAUUUCAGACGCGAGCUCCAAAUCGAAAUAGUCUACCUGUCGGAAGGAGCCCGCAUGCUAUACGACGCUUACGCGCCCCCGCCGCGGAGUCGCCUGAACCUGGCCGUAAGCAAAAUUCUGGAGGACGUGUCCAAGACGGAGAUCGACAGCAGCAAGCGCGCCCUGAUGCUGCAGCUGAUGGGUCGGGACGUCAACAGCGGCGAGGAAGUCGAACUACCCGACGUGCGAUACGUGCUGAGCAAAUGACAGCGCCACCUGCCCGCCUAUGCUAAAAUGAAUAUUCACGGAACAGCAAGACUGCUUCCGCCCUACCAGCCUCCAGCCAUGCAGUGAAACAAGCGAUACGCCCCUACAACGUCAUACAUGCUCGUCAUACUGCCAACUCACAGUCAACCCCCUAAACUUCAUUUUUAAAAUUAUGCAAAUCACAGCACUAACAUCUGAGCUUGUUGACUUCGUUUCUUCAGCGCAUGGUAUAGAAUCAGUACGUUGGUUUCUUGGUCUUAGAUAAGAGGACCGUCCAAGAUAAAUUAUCAACCACGAAACAUUGAUGUAAGGAACGCGCCGAGCAAAUUGCAUAUUACAAUAGCGUGCGAAUGAAAACUCACAGCAGGCCAGACAUUGUCGCUUUCCACUUCUGGCUGCAUGCUACGCAUUCUUGAUGCCUUCAGCAAGGCGGCACAGGUCCAGCUUCGCUUUCGUCUUUUGGUUUCCCAUCCCUGCUGUUGUGUAAAAAAGUCUACGGAAUGCGUAUGUUACCACCUGAGAGAGAUGUAAUGCGAUAGCAUUUGAAGCA